CCCACUCCUCAACCAUUAACAUUAAUCUUUCUUUCACUCCUCUCUUUCCUUUUGAAACCCUCUCUAAUCAUUUUCCUCUUCUUUCCUCUCUUUCCUCUCUCUCCCCUGUUCUCACUGUUUCACACCCAGACAACACAAAAACCAAAAUGGCAGCAGCAGCAUACAGAGAACCCAUGAUGCACGAAAGAGCCCCUACCUCAUCCCAAAUACCACCACACUCACCAUGGCAUUCCCCUGUUCCUUACCUCUUCGGAGGUUUAGCAGCCAUGUUAGGCCUCAUAGCUUUCGCACUGUUAAUCCUCGCAUGCUCCUACUGGAAACUCUCAGGCUACCUCGAAAACAGCAACGAAUCAGAGCGAGACCUCGAAGCAGGGGAAGGAAAAUCCGACCAAGACCAGAAGCCGCAGAAACCGUACGAGGAGAAGAUCUUGGUCAUCAUGGCUGGACAAGAAAAACCAACAUUCUUAGCCACACCAAGCAUGACAAGCUCGAGUACAAGCAGCAGUAGUACUACCAGAACCUCAUCAUUCGCCGACAACACCAGCACCUGUACCUGCGGCGACCGGAAAUCUGUGGAAAUGAGCACUGACGACGCCGCCGUGAAACAGGGAAGCGGUCAGGUACCUGACACCUCGGCAGAAGGAUCAGAACGUUAAUUGAGCAUCGAUCUGCGGCGUCGAUCGGCACAUGUUCCGGGUUUUUGUUUUCUAGCUGGUGAAAACGUAAAGCUCGUGACACUGGUUUUUGGAACUUUGUUUUAGGUGUCUUCCUCUGCAUGUUUCAGGAUUGGUUAUGUAGCGAUGGGUUCAGAAUUUCAGAUCCUUCUAGUAUUAAUUUAGAUAUAGAUGAUAUAUAUAAGGUUUUUCAUUUUCAUUUUCACAACUGUACAUCAUUUCGGGAGUGUAAAUUGGUUGAGGUGCAUGGAAUGAAAGAAGCUUUAAUUUGCUAGCUGUUUCACAA